UUGACGAACCAGUCAGGGCAGUCGGUCCGCCAGCACAGCCGACCUCGCUCGUCCUCGCGAUCGGUCAUUAUUCACAGGCGCGCGUCGCCAGCGACGCACGCGACAAUAGUCACCGCGUCAUGACCCUGUGACGUGAUAGUAUGAGUAAAAUCGAAAUUUCAACGGAAGCCGCCGCGCCCAGCGUGGCGAUCCACGUGGAGCAGUAUGACGGCCAAGACAGGGAGAACUCAAAGCUCCUCGACCUGCACGCUCCGGCGCCGAUGAUAACGCCCUCUGGGCAAAUGCGCAAAGUGAAGAGCUUCAGUGAUACACACAGAAUUCGUGAUGUGACAGCAGCCUCGGGUGCAGCAUCCGCGCGGUGUCUUCGGCCUUACGAGCAAGUGGCCACUUACCCUGAAGGGUCUGACAGUGGCACCAAUCACUAUGGCGCGCCGUCAGUCCGAUCUCUUGCCUCGAUCGGAAUGGGAUGCACGGAUGGCCGCAAAAUGGUUAUAAGACGGGUACCAACAUCGCCCACGGAAUUGUUCCAUCUAGUUCGUCCUCCUACGCCACCCGACGAGGAUACGGCGUCACACGAGAGUGACUGCGAGGAAGAAGAGGAAGACACGACAGCCCACCUGAAGCCCCGCCGACCGUUCUGGGCCAAUAAAAUACAAUUUGUAUUGGCUUGUGUUGGAUACUCUGUUGGCCUCGGCAAUGUGUGGCGAUUCCCCUACCUGUGCUACAAAAGCGGAGGAGGAGCCUUCCUCAUACCCUAUUUCAUAAUACUCUUAGUAUGCGGUGUGCCAAUGCUUUUCAUGGAGCUGGCUGUGGGCCAGUACACAGCUCACGGUCCCAUUGGUGCCCUGUCACAAAUUUGCCCACUCUUCAAAGGUGCGGGCUUAGCAAGCGUAGUGAUCUCAUUUUUAAUGUCCACAUACUACGCGGUUAUAAUAGCGUGGGCAAUAUACUACUUCUUCACAUCGUUUAAGACGGAGGUGCCGUGGGCGAGUUGCUCCAACCGAUGGAACACGCCGCAGUGCUGGGUGCCCAACCACAACAUGACCAAGCCGAAUGGCUCGCAGACACCCACCGAACAGUUCUUUGAGAAAAAGGUAUUGAGCAUGAGCGCCGGAAUAGAAUUCCCUAAUGGAAUGCGGUGGGAGCUAGCAGCUUGCUUGGUCUGUGCUUGGGUAUUAGUUUACUUCGCUCUGUGGAAAAGCAUCAAGUCUUCUGCCAAAGUACGGUAUAUCACCACAACGCUGCCCUUUCUGCUGAUUAUAGUCUUCCUCGGACGCUCUUUGACAUUAGAUGGAGCUGAUAAAGGACUGAGAUUUUUCUUCAAGCCAGAAUGGGAACUUUUGAAACAGUCAAGACCAUGGGUGAACGCAGCAUCACAAGUAUUUAACUCGAUUGGUGUUGCUUUUGGAUCCAUGAUAAUGUUCGCUUCGUAUAAUCGUUUCGAUAAUAACUUCCUACAUGACACCGUGGCUGUUUCACUAAUCAAUGCAAUCACCAGUCUCAUCGUGGGAAUCUUCACGUUUGCCACUAUUGGAAACAUUGCUUUUGAACAAAAUACUCCCGUGAAGGACGUCAUCGCUGAUAGUCCUGGAUUAUUAUUUGUAGUGUAUCCGCAAGCGAUUGCAAAAAUGCCAGCUUCUCAAUUAUGGGCCGUACUAUUCUUCUUUAUGUUCCUUUGUCUUGGACUUAAUAGCCAGUUUGCCAUAGUGGAAGUAGUAGUGACGUCAAUUCAAGACGGGUUCCCAGACAUGAUUCGCAGACGGCUGGUGUACCAUGAGCUGCUGGUGCUCUGUGUGUGCGGGGUGUCGCUCGUGUUCGGCCUACCACACAUACUACACAGCGGCAUAUACGUGUUCCAACUAAUGGACUACUACGCCGCAUCACUCAGCAUCACAUAUCUCGCCUUCUUCGAAGUCGUGGCCAUAGCUUGGUUUUAUGGCGUAGGAAGACUUUCUAGAAAUAUUAAACAAAUGACAGGUCGUCGUCCAUCGCUGUACUUCCGAGUGUGCUGGCUGAUAGCGACUCCGGCGCUUCUGCUAGCGCUGUGGGUGGCCAGCAUGGUGGACUAUACACCGCCCAGCUACCGCCAGUAUCAGUAUCCCACAUGGGCGCAGGCGCUCGGUUGGAUCAUUGCUUCUCUCUCACUGCUCUGCAUACCAGUGUAUGCAGUCUUCGUCGUUAUCGGAUCGCCCGGAAAUAAUUGGAGAGAAAAAUUGCGUCAUUCAAUACGUCCGACAUCUCUAUGUGAAUGCGGUGUCACUGGAUGCGAUAUUUGCUACUCAGAGUCCGAGCAACCGGACGACAAACCUGCUAUCAACUAGUCUGAAAACAACUUAGAGAAUAAGAACAUACCUACUUUCUGCAAUAGCAUGAGAUAUGCUUUGAUAUCAAGUAUAAACAAGACAGUAAGAUAAUGAAACGAGACGGUAUUCCAUCAUAAUUAUCAUUAAUUUACAAUGAGGCGGCGACCGCACUCGACCUACUAGAUAUAAUAAUGAAGUAGUGCUGGCAUAGUUUUCAAGUAUUUGUUUUGAAGGCGAUUGUUCGUUUUGUCAGCUCAAAUAAUCUUCGAUUUUACUUAUACUGUCAAAGGAAGAACCUUUUUGUGCAUAAUCUACUAAGUUCAUACCACAUACAUAAGGGUUAUUAAAACUCAUUUUGAAACUAAGUAAACAACCCUAAAAACAGUAUUAAGUUUAAUAGUAAGUAUGUAUUUAGAUUUUUUUAAACAAAUUGACGCAGAGAGACAUUCAGAGUUUGUCGACGUGAUGUAAGUGUAAGUAGGAACUUGUACGUUUCCUUAACACUUUCGUGAUCAAAGUCAUUCCAUUAGAAUAGUACAGCAUAUUUAGUUAAAUUUCUAUUUAUUCCUAGUACUUAGGUUUAACAUAUUGUGAAUAAAACCAAGAGAUUUAAACGAUAUAAAUACGUGGGUAAACCACUUUCUUCUACAUUACUGCAGUUUGACUAUUACAAAUCGAAUAUUGUACACACGCACAUAAGUACAGUUUUUAUUUUAAAUUAUAUUUUGGAUCUAUUACGAAUCUUGUAUCUCCAAGAUAAUAAUCGACACCUUACAAGAAUUACAUUUGAUUUGUGUUCACCAUAGGAACUCAUAGUACAAUAUGUCUAAAAAUGUUGUAACGUAAUGUAAAUACAACUAUUUGUAAAUAAACGAGUAUCAAACUUGUUACUUUAGCAUUUAAGAAUAUUGAAUAAAAAUAUACUUUAAAUAAUA